CCGACUUUAAUAUUCUUGCUCUUCUACAUGGAUUUCAACAUUACAAUGGCUGAAUUUCUCUCUAUCCCGUGUCUUCCGGCGGUUAUUUGGCCAGCAGCUCCACGGAUGGGCGCCGCCCCCAGCAUAAGAUUUAUCGAGAAGGUGACGGAAGUGAUGAGUCCAGCCUUCAGCCUCCUCCAUCCCAGCUUCUCCAACUCCAUGAUUCACCUGCACUGCGAAGAGCACUGACACAAUGGUGAGAUUGUUCACACCUCGUCGGUCGGCUCCGAGGAGGAGCAUCUUUCUCCUGGUGGCGCCUCUGCUUUUGUCAUCGCACGCCAGCGGACAGUACAUGGGAGGCCCGCUGGACUGCCAAAAGACCUGCGUGUGCGCCAGCGACAUCAUCGGCUGCUCCAGAGGGAAUCUCACCAGCGCCCCCGUCCCUCUUCCGAAGUACACGACGGUGCUGGACCUCAGCUUCAACUCCAUCAGCAGACUCCGAGCCGAAUGGACGCCCGUCGAGCUGAGUCGGCUCCACACGCUGCUGCUGAGCCACAACGGGCUCUCCUUCCUCUCCUCGGAGGCGUUUGCGCAUGUGACGAAGCUGCGCUACCUGGACUUGUCUUCCAAUGAGCUCCGCCAGCUGGACGAGAACAUGUUCGAGCCCCUGGAGGACUUGCAGGUGCUGUUGCUUUAUAAGAACAGCAUCUCGCAGAUAGAUCGCUCCGCCGCCUUCUCGGGUCUGGCUAGCCUGCAGAAGCUCUACCUGAGCCAGAAUCUGAUCUCACGCUUCCCCCUGGAGCUGGUGAAGGAGCGGAGCCGCAUCGAGACGCUCACGCUGGUGGACGUCUCCUCCAACCGAAUCAAAGCCCUGCCAUUUCAUGAGCUUCAAGUGCUGCCUGCGUGGAUUACAAACGGCUUGUACUUCCACAACAACCCCUUCCCGUGCAGCUGUGAUCUUUUUGACAUGGUCGCACGGUGGCACCUUAAAGAUCUCAGCUCCGUCGUGGACUUCAAGGAUGAGCACACUUGCGUCCUUGCGGGUCAGCCCAAACGAAAAGUGUCCACCUUGGAAUUGGACAGAGCGUAUUUGAACUGCAGCGAGGUCAAGAUCUUGGACAGGCAAGCCUAUCUAGAGCAGGUCGUGGUGUUGGACUGCGACACCAAGCAGAGAGACUUGGUCAAGAACUGGGCCUUGCCAGGAAACUUACUGGUGUCUACGACAAACACGAGCGCCGUGAUGCUUCCGGAUGGAAGCCUUCAGCUCGGUCCUUUGAAGGAAGACGACUCGGGCGUGUACACCUGCUACGCCACCGGAGACAUCCUAAACGAGACCCUCUACGUCACCGUCGUCGUCUUUAACACCACCUCGACCGCCGGCUUAGAGAACCUGAAGACGGCGUACACCACCCUCAUCGCGUGCCUCAUCAGCAUAGUGAUGGUUUUUAUUUACCUCUACCUCACCCCCUGCCGCUGCGCCUGUUGUCCAGGUCAGAAUCUGGAGAAGAAUGACCCGACGGGGAGUCUGAACUCCUCCACGGACAGCAUCCCCCAAACCCAGCAGGAGACCGGAUCGGAAAGAGGGAACGGGGGCGGCAAAGACUUCCCCAAUGACACCAAGGACCCGCUGGAGCAGAACGGGAGGUUGAACCCAAAAGGUGGAGAUGAUUGGAAGGGGGUGAACAAAAAGAGAAAGGGUUCCAUCAGUUCUGUGAGCUCAGACACCCCAAUGAUGGUGUGAGUGUUUGCCACAGAGAGCCUGCAUAACCACUGUGCAUACAUUUGAUGCAAGAGUCCAAAUUACCCAAAAGACCCGAUACGGGAAUGCUUUGACUUCCUUGUGUUUGUUCAUCAUCCAGGCGGAAUGCUUUAUUCCGGGCAACGCGGACAAACCUCCUUCCUCAACCGGGCAGUUAUUGGCAUCCAGGGAGCUUUCUUUGCUCAGGGGACACAAAAUGAGAGAGAACCUGAAAGGUUCUGGGCAUUAGCGCCCAACCCUGAGCAAACCAGACAGCCACAAAAGCAUUAGCGCAGUCACCGUGCAGGCAAGCUUGGGCC